UCUGAACUCCACCUUCAGGCAGAAUGAGGUUCACCCCAGGAUUCCUGCUUCUCGUUUUGCUGGUCAGCAGCCUCUCUCCAGUCCAGGGUGUUCUGGAGACCUUUAACACGAACUUAAAGUGUCGAUGUCGCCGAACGACGUCAGGCAUGAUCCCCAUCAACAACAUUGAACGAAUUCAAACCUUGUUCCCUGGGAACGGAUGCCCCAGAAAAGAAAUCAUAGUCUGGACAAAGAAUAAGAAAGGUGUAUGCCUGAACACUCAAGUCAAAUGGAUUAAUAGACUGAUAACUAUAAUGCAGAAAAGAGGUGCUUCUCCAACUCCACAAAUCUCAGUGUUUAAGAAAAAGAUUGCCUGACACCAACAUCACUGCUAAUGGCAUCUGCAUUCCCCACUCAUUCCUGCUCAGGAGUUGAGUUUUGUGUUUGGCUGAAUCUUUUCCAAGAAAAGGAACUUCCCCUGUAUAAGUGAGGAUGAGAAUAAAUAUAAAAGUGACCCUGCAAAAGCUAAUGGUGCAAAGAGCCUUU